UUGAGAGGGGAUAAUGGAAGGUAUUCCAACCAUCUAUACUGUAGAGGAGCCUAGAAGUAAGCCUCCUACUUUUGUCGAAAGGUAUUUCAAAACUAGUGUCUUUCCAUAUCAAAGAACAAAUCCACCCAACGAUAAGUUUCUUUGUGAAGACGUUCUAGUCGCUCAACACUCCAAUCUGUUAUACGUGAUCUUUCUAGCUGACAGCCACUCCAUUGUUCAACGCAAGGAAAUAGUUACUCAAAUAAAUCCAAUCAAGUGGGAUCCUAGUACCGUGCAUGGAAAGCGCAAAAAAGGUGGUCGAGCUGUACAACCACGGACCAUUAUUUGCAGCAUCAUGACUCAAAGCGGUACAGAAUAUCUUGUUCCAGCUGGAGUGCAAGGCUCACUGGUGGAAUUCAACUGGAGACUUGCAUCUGAGCCUUCUUUAUUGCUCGACAAACGAAAGACGGAAGGCUACAUUGCAGUGAUACUGCCAAAAAGUUCAAAGAAAAGUGGCAACCAGUGAAGUGACGGGAGAGAAGCACUUGGGGGUCCA